CAUCACAAAUAAAAUUUUAGCCUUGCACAUGUACAUAUGUUAUCGUUCACUCAUUCAUUGCGCUACCUUAUACAUCAAUUAACACAUGCAGCCCAUCUGAUUUGUUGAUAUGGAAUUUUCUUAAUACCUAAAUUAAAUGGAGGAGGAUAUAUUUACUACGCGCACCAAAGAGCUCUCCGCUGACGAGCUAAAUAAGCUGGAGGAGCAAAACAAACGUCUGGUGCCCGAAUUCAAGGCGAACAAAUUGGAGAUCGAUGCGCAGCGGCAUUGGGAUCUAUUCUACAAGAGAAAUGAAACACGUUUCUUUAAGGAUCGCCAUUGGACAACUCGAGAGUUCCAGGAGCUGCUGGCGGAGGAGUGUACAGGAGAGAGACGCACGCUCUUAGAGGUGGGCUGCGGCGUUGGCAAUCUAGUCUUUCCCCUACUGGAGGAGCAGCUCAAAGAUCAGACCAGUGAGCAAGGUUUCUAUUUCUAUGCCUGCGACUUCUCACCACGUGCUGUGGACUUCGUGCGAACAAAUCCUCUGUAUGAUACAAAGCAUAUAACCGCCUUUCAGUGCGACAUAACAACGCAACAGGUGCACGAACACAUCGAAGCAGCAAGCCUCGAUGUCUGCACCAUGAUCUUUGUGCUCUCCGCCAUACAUCCCGACAGAUUCGUUGAUGUCGUCAAGAAUCUAUGGCAAUUGUUAAAGCCUGGUGGAUUAGUGCUGUUUCGCGACUACGGUCUCUACGACAUGGCUCAGCUGCGCUUUAAGCCGGGUCAUAAGAUAAGCGAAAACUUUUAUAUGCGACAGGAUGGCACUCGCAGCUAUUACUUUGCCCAAGAAGAGCUGGCGGAGAUCUUUAAUCAUAACGGCUUCGACGUGCUAGACAACAACUAUGUGCACCGACGCACGCUCAAUCUGAAGGAGGGCAUCGAUGUGCCCCGCAUCUUUCUUCAGGCCAAAUUCCGCAAGCGCUCCGACAGCUGAUGAUGAUUAAUGAUAAUCAUAGCUAUUGCUGGGCAUUGCUAACAUGUCUAGACAACGCUGAGGUAUGCAAUUAUGUCUUUAAUUAAUUAUUGUAGAUUUAAUUAUUCUAUUUAAUUUGCAAUUUCUGUAUGUACAGCUGAUAUUUCACAAUUUAAUAUCAAUUUCAAAUAUUUCAAUUUCAAAUGAAUUAUUUAAAUCAAUUUUCAAUAACAUUAUUUUGUGGGUCAACGUUCAAUAAAUAUUUAUUGUAUAUGUUAGGCUUACAAGUGUA